GGCAGUUGCUGUCGGUACACCCAAGAAAAGCUGGACGUAGGAAAUUUUGUCCGUCACUUCCGGACACGCCAUUAUGAACUGGCUGCAGCGAACGGUUUAUUUAAAGAUAAAGAAGUCCCGGAAAAGAAGCAGAGAGUUAUAGAGAAACGUAUGGUUGCCAUAGACACACCACUCUUGAUGGAUUCUGUGCUCCUAAUGAUAACAGUUCACAAUCUUCCCGCAAGAUGCCUUCAAUGGAAGGGCUUCAAGCAACUGCUUGAGCCACUAUCGAAUGCUUGCGGUGUUACCGUCAAUGGCGUGAACAUGAUGAAAAACAUCAAAGAGGUGGGUCAAAAAAUACGGGAACACAUUGCGUCGGAAGUACACGGGCGGCUAAUCAGCCUUAAAAUCGAUUCCGCUUCGCGGCAUCAGCGGCAUAUAUUGGGAAUCAAUGCCCAAUAUACUGUCGACGAUGUCGUAUGCAUUCGAACCCUGGAUAUGCUCGAAGUUCGUGAACGACAAACCGCCAAGUUCCUAAAAACGAAGAUAAUGGAAGUCGUUCUCAGCUACGGAGUUGUUGUGGGGCAAAUAUUUUCAGUGACAUGUGACAACGGAGCAAACAUGUUGGCAGCAGUGCGCCUCCUCAAACAGGAAUUCGAGCUGCUUGCCUGCGACUCGGAGAACAUUGACGAAAUGGAGCGGGCUGACCACGAAGCGCACGAAUUUGUUGCAGAAUUGGGAAACGAACUGCAGGAAAAUCUAAACUUAAUUCGAUGUGCCGUACACACCCUCCAGUUGGCAAUUCUGGACGUGAUUAAUAAAUCGAAUGCGUCAGUCAAGAUUGUUACGGAGAUCGCCAAAAAGUGCAAACACGUCAAAUAUACACUUAGCUUCGACACUGCGCAAGUAUCGCGUCCUCCAGUAUGGGGUCCUACUCGAUGGUGCGGCAUUUACGAAAUGAACGAUAGUUUUUUGCAGAACGAACAUUUCUUUAAACAAUUGGCGCAGCAGUUUCCUGAACUGGAUCUUGGUGAAACGUGGCAGUUCAUUCAAAACUACGUGGAAGCAUACAAGCCACUCUAUAUCUGCACGAAGAACAUGCAGGAGCGGCACGUGUCAUUGCCAGAUUUUUAUCUACAAUGGCUACUGGCCAUAAUGGAAGUUUCAAAACUGAAGGAUAAUCCAUUAUCUGCUCCUUUGAAAGAUGCGUUGACUAGCCGUUUAGAAAAGCUUCGGCAGUCAAGGGCCUUUAAGAUGGCUUUGUAUUUGGACCCACGACUGAAUUACAUGGGAUCAAAACUAUUCCACCCCGAAGAAAAAGAACACAUUCAGGGCUACAUCGUUGAAACGUAUAACAGGAUUAUUUCCUUCCGGGAAUCUGCCAAAUUACGUUUGGACACUUCAUCAUCAACCCAAGAGGACGACUUCGAUUCAUUCCUCAUUGACAUGUUCGGCAUAUGCGAUGCCCCUGUUUCUGGUGAAACCAGUGGGUCACGCUUUCUCCAGCAGCUCAAAGCGCUUGAAGUAGAACCGAGGCAAAAUCACGGCUACGAUGUAUGGAAGCACUGGGUCAACAGACGGGAUACAUCCCGAACUAUACGCCGUAGCUUCCGUGGUCCUGGCUGUUCCUCAAACCAGAUUUCGGUAGAAAGGGCCUUCAGCGCGCUGCCAGUAGUGAUGACAGAUCGUCGUGCAGGCCUCGGAGAAGAAAACCUGAGAAAUAUUCUUCUUGUCAAGCUCAACGAACCGCUGAUCGAAACUGUCAUGCCUCAGCUCUAUUCGACGCAUUAG